AUGCUCACCACCCCAUCCAAAGCAAUUACUCUUCCACCCUCCUCAUCGGCAACGCCAUCCUCCUCGUGUUCUUCUCUUUCCAUUCAUCAGGAACAUCAAGAGGAAGGGGACAUGUUGCUGAGAAGAGUGGUUGCAUCUAAUUUUGUUGGAAACGGAACUCCACCUCCUUCUCCUUCCAACAGUAGCGAAAGUAAGAAAAAAAACAAGACCAGAAAAUUUACAUUCAACGUAAUGGACUCUCCAGCAGAAUCUUUUUCUUCGUCGGAUGGUCUUUCUUCAUCUCAACGAUUGGACAAGUUGAGGUCAUUGAGUAUUUCAAUGGAACAAGAUAAGGUUCAAGAGGUUGAACGAUUGAUCGUUGAUCAUUCUCCAAAAGGAACAAAUACGCAACCGAAAUCCAAGUCAUGUCCUGCAGAUUACGUGGUCAGCUUUGACAUGGGAGAAAGUCAAGGAGUUGUUUCCAGUCAUGUCUUAGACCCCUUGGAACAUGGCUUUGUACACAACAAUGAAAAGAGAAAAGAAUUAGCAGAAAAGCUGCUAUUGAAAUCACAGGGUUUGCAUUUCAAGCCCAUUUCCAAAUUUUUCAAGUCACAUAAGGGUGUUCGUGAGGAAUCUCUAUAUAAGCAUUCACAGCCCUCCCAAGAGACUCUAAAAAACGGGGAAAUUAUAGGGGGAGGAGUGAAUGACGUACUGAGCAAAACCAUUGAGGAAGAAAUUCAAGAAAAUGAAUGUUGCAAUUAUGAAGAGCUAUUAAGAAAAGGUUUCUAUCUUUAUUUGGGUGUUACAGCCGAUUUAAGUAUUCUAAAAAACACUUUUUUGAAAGAAAUUCCAGAUGAUUCCUGCAUGAAACUCGAUAACCAGGAGUGUGUUGAACCGUUUCGCUUAAACAUAGCACUUUCCAUUGAUUACGAAUUCAGAACAUCGUAUUUUUCUGUUGUUUCUCACGACUCCUUUUUGGUUAAGGGUUUUGUUGAAACUCUUUCUUCGUUUCCUACCAAUACAAACGAGCAGUUGAAAUUCAUUGAAAACGCGUUUGAGAAAGAUGAAUACAAUAACAUGAAAAUGAAACGCUUGUUCUCGAUGAAACGCCAAGAUUUCCCACCUUCUCAAUUUGUUUCUUGUGAUAACGAUAUUGAGCGGUCCAUAUUGCAUUUUGGGACAGUCCACGGACAAACAGCAGAAUGUGUAUUUGAAAGAAAAAACAACCAGGAACGAUGGCCCUUUAGUGAAAGUAUUAACAGAGUGAGAGCUGUGCUUAUAUGUAACGAUAAUCUUAGUAAUCAGUACAUUUCUCGUGGAAUGUGGCAACUGAUUCAUCUCUUUGAAAUUGAGGAUAUAUUGGAUUCCGAAGUGCAAGCUCCUCUUUCCUCCGUGAGGGAAGAGAAAUCGAUGAAUGCACCAGAAAUGGGCACCCAGACGACAGAAGAGAUAAUUUUAGGUGAGUCUUGUAGUGAGGAUUUACAAGAUGUGAGCAAUGCAAGUCCACACCAUCUUGACCCAAUGAUCGAAAAAGAAGUUCACAAGGAAACAACCUCCGAUCAAAGUGCACUUCAAGAGAGUGAAAAGACUGACUUGUUGUUGAAGAAUGCCAUGUGCGACCAGACCACAGUGGAAAAUCAUACAGAUACCUUUGAUUUACAAUCAACCUUAGAGUUGGUACCGUACAAUAUUGAUUGUUUUUCAGAAAACCUUGACCAAAAUUCAAAAGAGGAGCCCACAACUGAUAAUGAGACGUCGUUUAUACCAACAGAAGAGAAACAUUUGGAAAUGCCCGUAUCACCACCUCCAUUAAUGAUUGCCAAUAAGGAGGAUGAGCAAAACGAAGAAGAUUCAAUAGAGGUAUUGUCAAAAGAAAACGUUCCUGAGAUAAUUUCCCGCAGAACAGGAGACUCAUUUGAUGUUGACAGGAGCGACCAAAAAGAAGAGUCCUUUGAGGUUGGAAUCUCAAAAGAUAAGAAUGAGCAAGCUGAGGAUCGAGUGGAGUCACCCCACCCAACAAGCAAUAGUCAAAAGCAACACAAAGCUCCCAUUAAAAAGAAGAAAGGAAAUAGACGCUAUGUGAAACAUCCUACUCUUUUCAAGUAA